AUGGAUGCCAACGUGGAAAAGGACAGAUCUCGGCUCCCCGACCAUCAGGUUGAUUCUUUGAUUAACCUAUCUGCUUUACCAGACAUUCACAUGACAUCACCAGCAUGUAUUAAUGGUGUUGGUGUUGUUACUAGCUGCUUUCGUUACGCCGCUCCUGUGACAGGAGGAGGCUGGGGUGAUUACCUACGGUGGUUACAAGGAGAGAUUGGCGUGAUAGCAACAAUUGUUAUAUCCGAGUUUCUAGUCAUGCCUGUGGUCAUCAUCGGCACUGGACAAAGAUACUGGAUUUUAAGGGGAGAAAUGUUUGAGGCGUACGUCAGAGACAUCGAUGACAUUCAGAUUGAUCACGACACUUUUGAUUUUGGAGGCCAUCAGCUCAUAGCAUUCUUGACCAGAUGA